GUUGAAAUGAAAGUGAUGUGAAUGUUAUCUAAAUUAUUCAAUACAGUCGAAUUUCAUUUGGUUGCGGCGCUCAGUUUAUAUUUAGCUGUGUGUAGUCAAUUUCGAAUUUAUUUCACAAUUACAAUGUUUUAUUGCUAUUUGUCGAUCGAACGACGAUAAUGAUUUUUUAAAUAACACACACGCAUAUUUUUCAUUCAAUUCAACCAAUUUUGAUAAUAUGCAUCUCAAACUCUUUUCAAUAUUUAGUGCAACAACAAUUUUAUACUUGUUUCAUAAAUACUUUAUUCGAAAAAUGGCAUCGAAAGAAAAAACUACUAGUGCAUCUGAUGGUCAACAACAGCAACAGCAACCUGUUGUGGCUGAUCGUGACAAGGUGAAAAAUGAGCGUGAAGCACGUCGUUUGGCAAAAUUGGCUUCUAAGCAAAAGGUACAAGAUAAAAGUAGAAAUUUACCGAAUGCCGAUGAGAAAAAAGCUGAAAUGAAACCGGAUACAAAAGCUACGAAUCAAUCAUCGGCGUCUCGAAAAGGUGAUUCCGUUGCAUCCGAUCAAAAUACUCAUCGAAAAACGCAGAAGCAUGGGAAGCCCAAUGAAAAGAAAGAAUCCAAACCGGUCGAAACAAUAGCAAAUGAUCUAAAUAAACUGAAAAUUAGCAAUGAAACAAGUCAACCAGCAGUAAGUGACAUUGCCGUUGAAAAAUCAGAAAAGAAACAACUAUCGAAAGCCGAACGUCGGGCAAUUCAAGAAGCACAACGAGCCGCCAAAGCGGCAAAAACUACCGAGAAAUCAGCUUCAAAAACGUCGACGAAAAAAGAAAGUCCAGAGCCAAAGGCGGGUCCAAGCACAGGUGCAAAGCCAAAACACGAAAAUACUCCAUCGACAUCGAGAGAAGCGAGUGCUCGAAAGCCAACGCCAGUGAAAAAAUCUCAACAGCAUCGAGUCAAAUUAUUUAAUCAUUUGUACGCAGACAUAUCACCCGCUAAUCUGCUCAAUUCGAGCACCAUUCAUCCGGCAAUCGUUCGACUCGGUGUACAAUAUUCGAGUGGCAUUGUAAAGGGUUGCAAUGCACGUGGAUUGGCAUUCAUGAGCGCCAUCAAAGAAGUGAUUGCCGAAUAUCAAACACCGUUACAGAAGGAAUUCUCCCGUAGCUUGGAAGAUGUCAUCAAAACCUGUGGCAAUUAUUUACAGCAAUGUCGACCGUUGGCUGUUUCGGUUACAAACGCUAUGAAAUUCAUUCAAUUCCAUUUGCGUCAAUUGCCCAAAACUGAAAGUGAUGCAAAGCAAAAGGCGACCCUAUUAGAAUCUAUCGAAACCUAUGUACGGGAUCAAAUUGAUAAAGCGGCCGAAGCGAUUAGUUAUACGGUUCAAGAGAAAAUUUCCGAUGGUGAUGUUAUUUUAACAUUCGGUUGUUCGUCGGUCAUUCUGAAUAUUUUGAAUGAAGCGAAAAAAAAUAAAGAUUUCCGGGUCAUUGUUGUCGAUGCACGACCAUUGCAUGAGGGCAGAGAGAUGCUUCGUCGACUCGUUGCCAAAAAUAUCAAAUGCACCUGUGUCUUGAUUAAUGCGGCCGGUUUUAUAAUGCCAGAGGUAACAAAAGUUUUACUAGGAGCACAUGCACUAUUAGCAAAUGGAUAUGUAAUGUCAAGAGCUGGUACAGCUCAAAUUGCCUUAAUAGCCAAGUCAUACAAUGUGCCGGUGCUUGUGUGCUGCGAAACGCAUAAGUUUAGUGAACGAGUUCAAACGGACGCAUUUGUUUAUAAUGAAAUUGGUAAUCCUUAUGACGUAGUUAAAUCAAAUGAAAAUAAUUCGCCACUUGCUAAUUGGGAAUCGGUACCGAAUUUGACACCAUUGAAUCUGUACUAUGAUGUUACACCGCCCGAACUGGUAUCGGCCGUUGUCACAGAAGUUGCAAUUCUUCCAUGUACAAGCGUUCCCGUAAUUUUACGUAUAAAACCAUCGGAAAUUGGAUACUAAUCGCAUCGCACUCAUCUCUUUAUUGUAUUUUGUUACAUAAUUUAUCACUAAUAAACAUCAUGAGUUGGACUGAGUAACAAAACAAGAAAA